AUGUUCCGGCCAAUAGUUUUCAUGAAGACUAUGAAGGCUCAAGGUUCAAGGCAUUGGAGACCACUCAGGUUGGAAAGAAUUAGGAGAGAAGAACAACGAGUCAAGGUGGCAAGUUUAUUGAGAUCUUGGAUCAGGUUGGACAGCAAAGCGAUUGCAGACAGCUUUAACUUAAUUCUGGACACUCUGCGGCUCAGUGGAACCAUGUUGUCAAAGUGUGGGAUGUGCCUGAUCUUGCUGAAUGUUGGCUGCAUUACACUCACACUGAAUGAAGACCCUGGUGAAAGUACUGUGGAGGUGAUUGGGAAUCUCAGGCAAGGUUUAAUCUUUCAGAAUCAUAAGAACAUUAUACAAUAUGUGCAAGAUAAGGGGUCCAGCUUGUCAAAGAUACAGGGUUCACUGAUGGAUUAUUACGUCGAAAUCAUCCUGAAUCCCAGGCAGCUGGCAGCUGACCUGAAACAGAUGGAGACUCCGAUGUUCUUACUUGCCAUGAAAUAUCUCCUCAGCAACUUCAAAGAGCAAUUUUUCCUUAGGAUUGACUUUGGGUACAUAAAAAGCCAAAUCCUGCAGAGUCGAGGGAACCGUUCACUGUUUGAUGCAACAUGGAGCCAGUGUGUGUCAGCCCUGAGCACUCCUGAUUGUGCGGAGCUUCUGAUAGAGAUGCUGAAGCUGUCGUCGGGUCUCUAUCUUCGAUCGGACAUGGUCACAAGUAUACCCAAAGAUCUGGAAGAUGAAACCUUUAAGACUUUAGCUUUGGUGUUUAAGGAGCUCUAUGAUCAAAUGUCAGCUCGUACACGGAGAGCAGUGUAUGAAUGGAUGAGGCAAGUUCUGCAGAAAUCUCACAAAGCCAAGGAGACGGGUGGAGCAGACUCUUGGAUCACUGCAGAAAGCCUGUGGGUUUUGGGGAGGUACAUUGUUCAUCUCCCUCUGGAGGAGAUCAAAAAAAUCAGUCCGCAUGAGAUACGACUGUUUAUCAACUACGACAACGCGACUAAGCAGAUGGACUCUGUGUAUGACAUCACACUGGCAACGGCCAAAGCUUUCCAGGAGAGGAUCAAUGCGUCUGGGUUUGACUUGACAAACACCUCGACAGUGUACAGGCUGGGCCUCCUGGUGUGUUUCUACCACAAUGUGCAGGAGCUGGAUGCUGUCCAUGCUCAGAAUCUGCUCCAUCAGAUGAUAAAGUGCAGUCGACUUCGGACGUUUCAAGCUGAUGUUAAACAGCUGAAAUCCCAGCUGCUUGGAGUAGCCUUGAGGAACCAGACUCUGAACAACAUGCUAGUCACCCUGUCGGAUGCUAUUGCUGGACUCACCUCUAAUCAGCUCGAGUCACUGUCAUCACAGGCUGUACGGAAUGCCAUCUCCAUCUUAGGGGCAGUUACUGAAUGGACACAAAGCCAGAUGAUAAUCCUGGUCAAUAAAUUUCUUGGGAACAACAAGCACCUGUCACUUUAUAACAUCAGCCAGUUGAGUACAUUGGUACCCGGAGUUGGCUCCGAUCUAUUUUACAAUAUGAGCGCUGGUAACCUGUCCCAAGCUGUAAAAGGGAUGCUAUCUGAGCAAGCCUCACAACUUACACCAACUCAGCGACUGGCGAUAAUCACUAAGAUUCUUGAAGGCAAAGAUGUCUCCUCUGUAUUGGACCUCUUUCCAGGGUCCUUCUUAAAAGAGGUGCCUCUUAUCAACCUGCUUAAAAUAAAGACCUUCAACAUUUCCUCUCUUCACAAUAAGGAGCUGAGGAGAAGUCAGGCUUUGUACCUGUUUAAUCUUCUAGCUGCCCAGAAGCCUAUACCUAAAAUCAUAAGUGUGGGGGAGCUAAUAAAAGGCCUAACGUGUGAACACAUCGAGUCCCUGAACAAUAUUACCUUUCUCCAAACUACUGACAUAUUUCAAAGGAAGUUCCAUCUCCUGUCGCCCCACCAGAUACACUGCCUGGCUCAGAAAUACCAUGACGUUACUCCACUGAAGGUGCCAGCUCUCUUCCUACAUGCGCUUCCCGCUGUUUAUCUAGAUAAAGCGCCGCCCUCCAUAUGCAGCCCUUUGUUAAUCACCCAGGGGAAGAUUGAUCUCGAAAUGAUCCCGAACUCAGUGAAGAGCACAACUAUCGUGGAAAAAGUGUUACAGUGUCUGAACUACACAGUACGGGAUGAGUAUGACGUGGACUUACUUGGGAGGUUAAUCUGCGACUUGCCUCCGGGGUUUAUAAAGACUAACGUCUCCCGCAGCGCACUGGCUGAGAUGUUCAGUCACUUCAGAUCCUGCAGGGCUCUCAGCACCAACCAGAGAAGGGAAAUUAAUAAUCAGCUUGAAUUAUUUUAUGGAGCUCCCACUGAGUGGCAGCCUGAAUUAAUACAGGAUCUUGGACCAUUAGUUACGCUUCUGGCGAAGGAUGACUUGAUGAUAAUUACUCAAAAGUUUCCAGAUCUGCUUUUCCAGCUGGCAUCAGGUGAGGAGUGGACCCAAGUUCCCCGUGAGUUUCUUGCUGUGGUGUUUGAUGCUGUCCAGUCAACCAACAAGGAACUUGCCUGUCCAGAGUGCAGUGGUGUUACAGCACCCUCUUUUGACCAUAUACUAAAACUGGGUGACGCCAAUGCUUAUUGGUCAGCCCAACAGCUACAGUGCAUGACCAUUGGAGCCUUCACACAAAGCGUGGAGGUGCUCGGAGGGCUGAGCGUGCUUAACUUAACCCAGCUCGCAGCUCUGAAGGACAAGGCAAAGACGAUGUGGGGUCCGGUAUCAACCUGGAGGAGCUCCCAGGUAGUUGCACUCGGACGCAUCGCAUUGUCCUUAAAUGAGGAAGAAAUCAAAGCUCUGGAUCUGAGCUCCAUUGAUACUGUGGCUGCCCUGAGUCAGCUGAGUGAAUGGACACCUGCACAGGCUCGGGGCUUGCUGGAAGGUUUCCUUCAUGAUUCUGGGCAGAGCGUUGGUGCUCUGAAGGGUUCGGACUUGGUCGGGUUGGGGGUAGGCCUGUGUGAAAUGAACGGUGAACAGAUCAGCUCCCUUAGUGCUGCAGCUUACAGUGCUGCAGCUGCCAGGAUUGGUGAGAUCUCUUGCAGAGCCGAGGUGUUACGGGAACUGUGGAAAAAAGCAAGAAGUGUUUACGGAAAUGGGGGUGAAUCGUAUAACUUUUUUCUCCAAGAAGUUGGAACAGUGGCAGCUGGGAUAAGUGGAGAAGAGCUGAAGGAACUGAAUGAGAAUCUGAUGCCGUACUUUCACCCCAAAGCAAUCGCGGCUCUACCAAGCCACACAUUUACAGAGCUUUCUCCUGAACAGUUGGGAAACCUCGGAGUGGAAAAUGCAGCUGCAGUUACAGCAUCACAGCGACAAACACUGAACGCAGAGCAGAUGCGCAGCCUGCAAUCAGUGAUCGAUGGGAUUGAGCCCGGCAUAUUACCUCCCACACCUCCCUCUGCUUUCCAGUCCACAAAUAGAGUGGCUUUCAACGGCGGAAAUGUUUUCUUACUUUGGACCGCUUGCAUUAUACACUACAUCACUGACUGAGGAGAAGCCUUGUGAGAUUCGUUGAAGGACUGCUGUAGUGCCUUGCGACCUCAUAGACCACUCAAGCUUCCAUCUCCAUCUUCAACGAAGAUGAUUACAGUUCAAAGAGUUUAUACUGACACUGAAGAGGAAAGUCCUUCUUAACAUACCUGGGGCCAAGAACAACAAAUUGCAAUUUAGAUAGUGCUCUUUGUUGUAGGUUAAUGUCUCGGAGAGCUUCACAAUGAUGAGGUCAGAUGCCAAA